AUGUCACAACAAACAGACACAUGCUCUUACUGUAUGCUCACUAUUGAUCCCCCUUUACGUCGAAAAUGCUGUGAAAUUACUGCACCUACUAAUUACUUUGCGGUCCAUUCCGUUUGCGUGGAUGAUUUCCUUUCGAUAUGGCCUGAACAUCGUUUGGAUCAAGAUCGGCCCACCGAUAUCCUCCCCACAACGUGUACCUGGGAUCCUGCUCAUUCUGUAGACCCUAAACAAGGGCAUUAUCUGGUCAAUCAACAAGGAUACCAACUCCCUUCCGUGCGAGCAUACUGUUCUCUGAGAGAAGCAACCGGGGCCGCUCACCGUUUGGGCGGGAGUAUCUUGAACCAUUCAGACGCUGUUGAUAUGCUGCGUAAGCAUGCUCAAGCCAGUCACCGUAGCUACAUACAGGCCGUUGAAGCUGCCCAAUCACCUCAACACUCUAGUUAUGACCUCUCUGGUGUCACACAACAAAUGAGUGCUUUGGACAUUGGAAGUCAGACAUCAGCGCAAGCUUUCAACACACCACAACACAACCUUGACUAUACCCUGCAGUCAGGGUAUCAUAACCAAGCUGAGCCUCCCGAUUAUGACUGGAACGCUCAGCCUUCGGGCUCAUCUGGGCAAGGAGGAAGUAGUGGAGCUCAAUGGCAUCAGCCUGUUCUGACUCAGGAGAUCUCCAACAAUCCACAAAGCAAAGGAAAGGGACGGAGCUCCAAGUCAGCCGUAGUGGGGAAGGCAUUUGGUAGAGUAAAGGACAGAAUCACCUCCUCUGUCUUCCCCAAGAAAGGCAAGAGUACACAGGUUACAACGGACCAAAGUCAAAGUAGCGCAAGGGCAUUUCCUGACCCUCCUCAAUUUGAGUAUCAACCUUCAUAUGGAGGACCAGUUUAUGAAGGCGAGGAUCUCCCAAACACCGAGAUGGGAUGGACAGGCUAUGGCAGUUCAAUCCCGAUGUCUCAGCAGAUUAUGUCGGGAGACUAUGCUCCUGAAGAAGGAAGGAUGUAUGAUCAGGAUGCCGUCUCUCCAGGUGGAUAUGACCCCGAUGGUUCUUACGAUCCCAACGUCUCUCCAAUAUGA